UGAGAUAGGCAGAGAGACGCAAGAAAAAGGUAAUGGACAAGAGAGGAAGAGACGCAAAAAUGGCUGCGGCCGCUCAACCCCAGAGCAGACCCACUUCGACGAGACCCCUCCCUCCACCCCCUCCUCUUCAGUCCAGGGCUCCACCACCAACCCUAGCUCGUCCACGCUUCGAACCAGUCGAUCGUGAAAAGACUUGCCCUCUGUUGCUCCGAGUUUUCACUAAGAUUGGUAGUCAUCAUGGUGAGGAGGAUUUUGUAGUGAGAGGGAAGGAACCGAAGGAUGAGGUUCAAAUUUAUACAUGGAAAGAUGCAACACUCCGUGAAUUGACUGAUCUCGUUAAAGAGGUUGCUCCAGAGGCCAGGAGAAGAAAUGCUAAACUGUCUUUCGCUUUUGUAUAUCCUGAUCAACGUGGUCGUUUUGUGUUGAGAACGGUUGGGAUGACACAUUCUUAUGGAAACGGCAGACGAAUAGACGACAGCAAGUCAUUGGGUGAACUUAGCUUCCAGAUUGGAGAUUACUUAGAUGUGGCAAUCUUGUAGAGGAAAAGGUUGGUGAUGCAUGAAGCGGCUAUACUGUUGUUCUGAGAUUGCAUCUUUGCCAGACUGACUUGAGAAGUUGUUGUUAUGCAUUAGGUUUAUUGAUCCCAUCUGUAUGAGAAUGUGUUUGAAAAAUUUCAAUGCUUUGACUUUACCCGAUGCCUUGUGGGUGCUGCAAUGUAUGAUUUAAGAUAAGAAUUUUGAACUGGAUAAUAUAGUUUGAUCAAAUAUCAUUGGUGUAUCAUUGUUGGUACUUGA